CUUUUCUGCUGCUCACACACACACACAGAACAAGCAGCUUCAGGACAGUCGGGUUACUGGACUGACUGGAGUGCUUGCGGUUCAAUAUGGAACCGGCUUGUGGACUUCAUUUGGGAAUAUUGCUGAUUUGCUUAGUUCAGGUAGAGCAUUUGUGGGCUACGAAAGCUCCGAGACCAAGCAGCGUUUUUGCCGGGUUGGUGCAGAGCAGCUCUGAGUCAAAACCCAACUUGAAUCAGGAAACUAUGCCACUGCAAAUAUUUGGCCUUUCUACUGCUCUUAUUGGUGGUGGUUCAUUUGAAACGCACCAUCAAACUACCAUUAGCAGGGGAACUUGGUCAAAUACACCGAGUACUGGCAACUAUCCGUUGAGCCUGUUGGACAUGGAUGCUGACAUAGAUGCUGCUCUGCUAAACCAAAUCCCUGGUCGCACGGCGACAUCGGCCAGCGCGUUCGCCACACUGGUGUCUUCGCGUCUGGGCUCUGAGGCAUCUAACCCGACCCGUUUGUCCUCACCAACAAGUGAGAGAAAUGGAAAUAUCCCGAGUUGGCCGGAGGCUGGAAACCAACACCCAGAGGUCCCUAUGAAGGCAGGACAAGCCCAACAAAGCUACACGCCUGCUUCAGCGCCCCACGUCACCUUUAUCCCCCAACGUCACAGCCAGUCUACGGCGUCCAACGAAGCCAGUGGAACAACGAGCUUCUCCAAGCAGAGGCCCGGCAGUAAGAUCUACCGCAAAACCCCCUGGCGCGGCAGUAACCCGGCGCAGGGCGCCCGUGACCUCCCUGCGUCCAGGACCUCUGCGCAGCACUUCGGACCCAUCUCCAUCCCCGAGCGCUUCGGUGGCCACGCCAUCAUACAACUGAAGGAACCCGCUGAGAAGGAGAGCGUGAUAUACAGUAAGCCGACCGGCAGGGCUCCCGGGCGCCAGCCUGUACGGCAGCAGGAAUACGUGGACCCUCAGCGUCCCUCAGCGCCGCAGCAGAUCUACCUGGACCCCCCGCGCCCGUUAGCGCCGGGGAAGGCCUACCUGUUCCCUCAGCGUCCCUCGGUGCCGCAGCAGAUCUACCUGGAACCCCAGCGCCCGUUAGCGCCGGGGAAGGCCUACCUGUUCCCUCAGCGUCCCUCGCUGCAGAUCUACCUGGACCCCCCGCGCCCCUCAGCGCCGGGGCAGGCCUACCUGUUCCCUCAGCGUCCCUCAGCGCCGGGGCAGGCCUACCUGGACCCCCUGCGCCCCUCAGCGCCGGGGCAGGCCUACCUGGACCCCCUGCGCCCCUCAGCGCCGGGGCAGGCCUACCUGGACCCCCUGCGUCCAUUAGCGCCGGGGAAGGCCUACCUGGACCCCCUGCGUCCCUCUGUGCCGCAGCAGAUCUACCUGGACCCCCUGCGCCCAUUAGCGCCGGGGAAGGCCUACCUGGACCCCCUGCGUCCCUCUGUGCCGCAGCAGAUCUACCUGGACCCCCCACACCCGGUAGUGCCAGGGCAGGCCUACCUGCCCCCCCAGCGUCCCUCGGUGCCGCAGCAGAUCUACCUGGACCCCCCACACCCGGUAGUGCCAGGGCAGGCCUACCUGCCCCCCCAGCGUCCCUCGGUGCCGCAGCAGGCCUUCGCGGCCCCCCAGCAACCAUCGGCAUCAUACAAGCCAGUCCGGCGUGUUCAUCCCAAAGCCGUGUGGAAGAGGAUCCGGCUGGGAAAAAUGAUUACUUCCUAAUCUUCCAUUCGCUUGAACACUGUUUCUGACAUUGCUCUUCCUCCAAACAGAUGCAGCUGUUGUCCUGUGGAUAUUUGCUGUUUUAAAAAGAAUAAAUAUUUAUUUUUAAUCUC